CCCCCCCCCUCUCCGAGGCUGCACAGGCAGCAGACAUUUACUCCGCCGCGUCGCCCCCUGCAGCGGGACCGCUUUCAAUCCAGUCGCGGCGCAAGGACGGCCUCCGGCCGCACGUCUCCACGCAGUGAUGCCGCUGACCUCUGCAACGGGUGGGAGACAGCUACCGGCCGCCGGAGGUCUGCUCGCGGAGGGGCCGCCAGCUCGCGACGACGUGACGGACGACACGACGCCCAUUCAAGCCGCCGCGGAGAUGCAAGCAAACCUUCAAGGCGCCCAACAACCAGUGCAUUCGCUGCCUUCACUCGGGCUACGGCAGUACGGCUGGCCGGUGUUUCAAGUGCCUGGCAAAAGACCACCGUGCCGCUGCCUGCAGGGAUCCUUUCCGGUGCUUCCGCUGCUUCCGGCUGGGGCACCGAGCGCGCGAGUGUCGCCAGCAAAACAAUCGCCCACCCAACGCCCGGCCACCACCGCCGCCACCACCUUCACCGCUGCGCACCCCUCCACCACCUCCUCCCCUGCGCCCCGGAGUAGUCCCCAUGGCGCUCGGAGACCCUGACACUCGCCCUGACGAGGAGACAAUCUUUGUCCCAAAUUCUUUCGAUUUGGAGCGUGAUGCCCGUGAUUGGGAAUCCUGCACCUUGGUGUCGUGGGCGAUGCAUCUGCCGCGCGGUGCUGGGGCAAGCGACAUCGAAGAACUCCUGCUUGGCGAGCUGAACCUGCACCGUGGCGACCUCAACGUCACGGUCCACCAGCCGGAGCCAUUCCUGAUCCGGUUCGAGCGAAAGGAGGACUGCGACAAGGCAAGAAGCCAAGGAAGGUUCCAGCGCCGCGGCAUCGACAUUUGCCUGCGGCGUUGGCGAAGCCUCACGCACGCGAUGGGACUUCGGCUCUUCUACCGCGUCAGGCUGUACCUCGACGGCAUUCCCGGCCAUGCUUGGACGCCGGACAUUGUGGAGCGCGUCAUCGGCCGACGUUGCGCCCUGCAGUGCAUCAACACCGACCUCGUGCAGCCGCAGGACACGAGGCAUGUCGACUUGUGGGCCUGGACUGCGGACCCGGGUGCCAUCCCCAAGCGGGUGUGGCUCGUCUUCACCCACCGGCCUUGCGACAGGUCCUCGGCGGUGCUCGUCCUGCGCGAACAGCCGGACCGCUGGCUCCAGGGAGUCCGCUACGAAGUCUUCCUGCACGUGGGCUUGUUGAGGACUACACGGCGGCGGCGCAUGACCUCCACGGGGCAACCUCCAACCCGGCGGCCUUCAAGCCAACCAAGCGCCCCUACAUCUGGCGCUAUGGCUUCAUGGAUGGUGCUCCGGCGGCCGCGCGCCUUCCCAAGCCUCCACAUGAUCAGGCCGCCCCCGAUGCGGGGCGCCCUGCGUCCUGGGCUGACCAGCUGGCUCAGGGCGCCCGGGAACGGGCCGAGCCUAGCAAUGUCCAGGACCGCACUGCCGUUGACUGUGACGGGCGGGGGGCUGCUGCUCCGGAAUGCGGCGGGCGCGGUCGCGACACGGCGGAACACGAUGGGCGCGAUAGGAACACGACCGAGCGGGGCCGGACCACGUCCGAACUGACGACGCGCGCCGCAGGGAGGCAUGCACGUGCAGAGACGAGGGCUUCACUUGGCCAAGGUUCUCUAGCCCCGACGACGACUACGAACAUCCAGGACGGGGAAUGGAGUGCGGCCGCAGGAACCAGGUGCGCCCCUCUGGCCGCGGGGAGCACCGUGAGCGUACCAGGUCGCCGCGACGCCGAGACAGUGAAUUCAAGGGAGGUCGGUGCCGGGCUGACGAGGGGCGCCCGAUACAGCAUUUCUGUAUGCGCUCUCUUGCCACGGCGCUGCCGAGCACUGAAGAUUUGAGGAGCAGGUCGACGGCUCAGUUGCAGGCGGCUUUCAAGCAGCAAGCCCAGCUACUGCUGACCUUGGCCAGGGAGGGACCUGGCGACAACCCCUCUUCCUGGGUACGCAACGGCAUGGACAACAUCAACAAAGCCUGCUUCUUCGCCAGCAGGCUUGGCCUCCACGAUCUGCCGGCACAACAACUGCUUGCCAAUGGGAAUGCAGCCUGGUCCAAUGUGCAAGUAAGUGAGCAACUAAUUCCUACUGCUCGUGUCUGCAACAGGAUUCAGACAACAACUGCCCCAUCCGUCGCCGACGUUGAGCAUGCGCUUGACAAGAUGACGGCCCUGGCGGUUGCGCCCGCCGUCGCGGUGACCGGCGCGCCGACGGGCUCCGUGGGGACGGAUGCUGCGGCCACUGCAGCAGACGCGCGGCCGCCUUCUGACGCGGCGACGGGUGCCGCGGUCGGAGCGGCAUCUCACGCGAUUACUGACGGCGAGGGGUUGGCCGCACCCCCUGACGGCGCUGGCGCUCCUCAAGUCGUGAGCGGCGGCAGCGUGUCGUCCCAGGGGGGAUUUUUUUAAUUUUAAUUUUUUUAAACUAAAAUUUUAAUAAUAAUCUGUCUGGAUCUAAAUUUUCAAAAACUAGCCUUUUUGGUCACACCAAAACUCGUGGCGCAACUCACUGAAGGGUCGCCCCACAUGUUUUGGCGCGACCAACCUGCCACGCUGGCAGCUCCGCGGACCUGGCAAGGCUGAGUCGUGCCACAUGCUUUGAAGUGACUCUUCAGCGAGUCGUGGCAUGCGGCGUGGCGCGACUCUUGAAGGAGUCGUGCCGUCUGGCGUGGCGCGACUCUUCAGGGAGUCGCGCCGUGCGGCGUGGCGCGACUCAACUAAUGUUACCAAUGGAGGCGAAGGUUCAAAUGACCACGAUGGCCUGCUAACUCAGUCGGUAAUGUAACAUUACGACAUCUCCAAUAAGCGAAAAGCAUAUUACGCAUUCAAUAUUUUUCAAGAUAUUUUGCCAUCUGUACAAUGAAGGUAAUUGUUCUUAAGAAAUGCAGAAAUUCAUGUGGUACUUCGACACAAUUGAAUGAUUUUUUUCUUAGAAAGUUUCUCUUCUAAAAAGUGGUGUUCAUGAGCAGGUUGAAUUAGAUUUUUCACCAUAAAUUAUGUAAAGUGAUGGUUUAAUAUGCUUGCAAAAAUGUCCGCUAUAGAUAGAAAACUAGAGCCAGUUAUCAUUUUUCUUAGUUUCCCCUUCCAGCAUGUAGGCUGAGAGCCACUAGCAGUUUUUCUUCAAUGUGAUUAGCCAAAUGAAUUUGGGCAUCAUGAUUAUCUUUAACAUGUCAAGUGUGUUUUGGUCAUAAAAUUUUGUUUUGGCGAUUCUAUUGGUUACCAGAGAAAUUUAUGAUUUGAUAAUGAACAUGAAGUUUGCAGAAAGGGAAAGAAAAAGAGGUCACGACCUACGGUCUACGCGCCGCUACACAUGCGAUUUCAACCAACGAACACUGCCUUGGUGCCCAGCUGUCGGUGUUUUACCGUCAGGUUCUCCGAGGGGUAUCCCGAGGAGAGUGAUUAUGAGUAGGGACUUGCUGAGAUCAGAACGCGAUGAUGCAAGGAACACAAGAAUUUAGACAGGUUCAGGCCGCCGGAGCGUAAUACCCUAUGUCGUGUGUGGUGAUUUGUAUUUCCUUAGGUGUUGUUCGAUGUGUCUCGUCCCCUUUUGAGGGAGUCCCUGAUCGCCCUUAUAUAAUCCGGGGGAACAGGGUUACAUGGAAAGUCCUAGUCGAGUUCUGUUAGGAUUCUAGUCCGAGGGGUUUGGCUAGUUUCCGAGUACGUCGACUAGUUCUACUCCUAUUCAUGUAGAUACAAAAAAGGUAGGACAUACCCAUGUGCUACUACCUACUCUAGAAUAUUCCGUGCCCGUGGGCAGUUUCACUGUCCCGGGUCUGACAGGGUGUAACUAUUCGCGAUGAAUCUAAUGACGGUAAUUAAUUCAUGAUUUGCUACAGUGAUGCUACAGUAACCAUACUCUAAUCGUGCGGUCAAAUGCCUUAUUAGAUUGGUCUCGCGAAUUUACCAGGAGUCCUGAAGGCGGUUUUGUAAUUAGACUUUAUUUAAUACUCUAAAUUGGUGGUCAAAUGUGCAAAAAGUUUUCGCGAAAUUUUUUCACCCCAAACCAAACAAGGCACAUAAUUCUUCUUUAUGUUGAAAAGUUUAUGAUGCCAAUGAUCAUGCCAUGGAGGUGGAGGAUAGAGUAGAUUUAGAGGGGG